UCUGGCUCCUUCCCUCAUAUUUGAUCGUUUCGUCCUUCGCUCUUUCCUUGGUUGUAACAUCUUAAUUUCUCUUCAUACAAAUCGUCUCGAGUUUUGGUUCCCUUUCAGUAAGGGGUUGGAAAUGAGGACCCCGAAGUCGGGUUCGGCAAAGAAGACGGCAGCGAAGAAGGAUACUGAGAAGGCGCCGCUGAAGGCCGAGGCUUCAUCGACCAGCGGUGCGAUUGAACCUUCGUCGAAGACGGUGGAGACGAAGCCAAACCCUGCAUCUGGAGGCAAGGUCACGCGGAGCAAUGCUGCUGCUAAACAAGCGACGCCGAAAGCUGUAGAGGAAGCCAAAGUCGAUGAUUCUACAAGUGGACCUGCUCGUGCCACCACUCCUGUGGCUGGAGAUACCAAAACAACUCCAGCUGGGAAUACAAAGAAAACUCCUUCUACGAAGACCCCCGAAAAGAAAGCAGUUGGGAAAGCAAAAUCUGGCACCGGAGCUAAGGCUGCAGCUUCAAAACCAAAGCUGGUUGGAUCAGUAGUUGCUGAGGCUGGGAACCGUGGUGAUGCUGUUGCUACAGAAAAAGAGAUUGCCAUACCAGUGCCCAAGGAUGAACCGAAAGAAAACAAGGCACGUGAUUUCAAGCGAGAUAGACAACUGGACAACACAGUAGAUGAAGAGGAGACUGAAGAUGCAGAGUUGAACGAGGAGGAUGACAUCGAGGAGAUGGACUAUGAUGCACAAGAAAAUUUCGAGGAGCCCAGUGAUGAGGAGGAAGAAGGUUCUGAAGCAGAUGAAGAGCAAGAGGAAAUGGAAGAAGAGCAGCAACUUCAGAUGACUGAGAUUGUGAAGGAGAGGAAGCUAAAGAAAGAGCAGGAGAUAUUUGUUGGUGGUUUGGAUAGAGAUGCUGUGGAGGAGGAUAUAAAGAAGGCAUUUGAGGGCAUAGGAAAGAUUGUUGAAGUUCGUUUGCACAAGGACUUUCUUACAAACAAGAACAAGGGUUUUGCAUUUGUGCAAUUUGCCACCAAGGAGGAAGCAAAUCGUGCAUUGUCUGAAUUAAAAUUUCCUAUGAUCAAAGGAAAGCGAUGUGGAAUUGCACCAAGCGAGGACAAUGAUACACUCUUCUUGGGAAACAUUUGCAAUACAUGGACUAAGGAGGCCAUUAAGCGGAAACUCAGGGACUAUGGAGUUGAUGGGGUUGACAAUAUCACUUUAGUUGCAGAUACACAAAAUGAAGGUUUAAGCCGUGGGUUUGCCUUCCUAGAGUUCUCUUGUCAUCUGGAUGCAAUGCAUGCAUACAAACGUUUGCAAAAACCCGAUGUCAUAUUUGGACAUCCUGAAAGAACCGCAAAAGUUGCUUUUGCAGAACCCAUUCGAGAACCAGAUGAGGAAAUAAUGGCUCAGGUCAAGUCUGUCUUUGUGGAUGGAUUACCACCACAUUGGGAUGAAGAUCGGGUGAAGGAGCAAUUGAAAUCUUAUGGAGAAAUUGAACGUGUGGUUUUGGCUCGUAACAUGCCAACUGCCAAGCGGAAGGAUUUUGGUUUUGUUAACUUCACUGCUCAUGAAGCUGCAGUAGCUUGUGCUAAUGGUUUAAACAACAGUGAACUUAGUGAUGGAAAGAUAAAGAUGAAAACAAAAGCUAGGCUUGCAAAUCCUUUACCGAAGACUCAAGCUGUUAAAGGUGGCAUGCGUGGUGGGUUUAGGAUUGGUCAUUCAGGCAUUGGAACAUACUCUCGCUUUCGAAGAGGCUUUGGCAUGGGUAGGCAUCCUUUCCAGAGGGGUGUAUUUCACCGUGGCAGAGGAUUUCAUCCGCGUGGUCGUGGAGGUGGCAGGUUUCCUCAUGCUGGCGUAAAUGCUGACUCACGGGGAAGAUAUUCUUUCAUCGGGCGAGGAGGUAGGAGGGGAUCCUUCAGAGGUGCUUAUGAAGGAUCUAGCCAUAGGUUUGAAUUUGACAAUGGCAGGCGUGGUUCAUUUGAACGAGGCCAUGGAAGGUCUUUCCAUUCUAGGAGGUAUCCGUAUCAAUCAGAGCAGGAAUUUGAACAACCCUAUAGUGGUAGAUAUUAUGGUGAUGAUUCAUAUUACUAUGGCGAUACUGGUCGCAGUGCAAAGCGACCUUUUUCUUUAAUGGAGCGUGAACCAGGUUAUAUAGAUGCUGGAAGCAGGCUACGUUCUCGUUAUGAUCAUUCUGAUCCGGUGUAUAGUGGUUCACAUUUUCAAGAUCCUUUGGAUGCUGGAAGGGGACUGUAUUCACGUGAUUACUAUGGUUCAGAUCUUGGUGGUGGUGGAUACUCAUCUUUUUAUGGCGGACACUCAUCUGGAAGGGGUUAUUACUAUUAGUAGCAUAUUGAUAUGUCACAUGCUACUAUUGGGGGACCCCGGGAUCUUGCUUGUUGAAGAAGCACACUUCUUUUAUUUGCUCUUGCAGGCAUAGCUUUUCAACUGAUUUCUUUAUAUGAAGCAUUUGUAUGUUCUUUAGUUUGUCUAUUAUAGACUAUGUAUGAGUGGAAAGCCUGAAACCGAUGAAGACUGUUAGAGAGUAAUUGGCAUUGAACAAUUUUAUGUGCCUGCACCUUCAAAGGCAAACUUGAUUUUGGGCAUACACUUUUAUUUUGUAUAGACGAUGGUCAGUUAUGAGUAUAAGAUGUGAAUUGUCUGUACCGGUUUUGAGAA